AUGUUGAAUUAAUUUCAAAUUGAAUAUUAAGAGUUGCAUGUUACAAACGAGAGUAUAUAUACUUUGGCAGUGAAUAAUAAUCUAUAAUUACUUGCCUUUGGUGGAAAAACAGAGACGAUUUAAAUUUUUGAUCUUACUAAUGAGUCAAUACAUUAAAUUUUAGAAAAAACCCACAAAUUACCAGUGCUUUGUUUGAUUUUUUCAAAAAACAAUAGAUUAUUUUAGUUUGGAUUUGAUCAUUUUUUUGUAAUAUACUCCUACGCUAAUAAGAAAUUUGUCGAACCAGAGAUAAUAAAAACUCCAAAUAUCAUGCAUAGAUUCGCAAUUUUAACUAAUAAUGACGAGAGUGUUAUUUCUAUUGGAGAUACAAAUGUGAUUAGCAUCUAUUAGAUUUCUAGUAGAUAAUUAUAAUCAGUUAUCCUUCCUGAUUAUAACAAAUUAACAUGCAUUACUACAAAUCUUGAAAAAAAAAUAGCAAUUGUCUCAGGGAUUCGAUCACUUUUCUUCUUAAACAUAAACUCAUAGAGAAUUAUUUUCAAAAACUAAAUCAGUUCCUCUUUUUAUGUAAAGCUGUCAAAUAAUAAUUAUUUAUUUGCUGAGGGUCAUAGAAAUAAUAUCAAUAUUACAUCAUUGAGAAAUAAAAAAUUGAUAAGAAAACAAUCUGGGAACUAGAAUUUUUGUGCAUUAAUUAUAAGAUUCACAAAUGAUGAUAAAUUUCUUUUAGCAGGAAGCAUGGACUAUUCAAUUACAAUAUAUAACGUCAUUUAAGGAGGAUUUAAUACUUAUGAGAAUCAUGAAAGCUAUAUUUUCAGCCUAGAAUUUUAGGAUGAAGAAGAAAAGGUGUUUUAUACUGGUUCGAAAGAUUUUCGUAUUGGAAAAUGGGUGAAGAAGGACAAUUGA